CAUGAAGGCAAGUCAUGUUCAGUAGUGCUUUUAAUCGGUGAAGACACAUUUUUAAUCGCUACUUGAAAAAACUGUGAAAAACCUGUGUUUAGGUCGUAAAAUUCGCCAAAAAUAUUCGGAAAAUACAGAUUAAAGGUCAAAAAAGUAUCAAAGAGACAAAGAGAGAAUGGUCGGUUCGAGAGUUUAUGUUGGCGGUUUGCCGUACGGAUGUCGCGAACGUGAUUUGGAGCGCUUCUUCAAGGGAUACGGGCGCACACGGGACAUUUUGCUGAAGAACGGCUACGGAUUUGUCGAGUUCGAGGACUAUCGUGAUGCGGAUGAUGCCGUUUACGAGCUCAAUGGGAAAGAAUUGCUCGGCGAAAGAGUCACUGUUGAGCCAGCACGCGGAACAGCGCGUGGGAGUGAUCGGGGACGUGAUCGUUACGAUCGAUAUGAUAGGCGAGGCGGCGGCGGAGGACGCUACGAUAGCAAGUCAUCGCGUAACAGCUCCCGUUAUGGACCUCCAUUGCGCACCGAGUACCGUUUGAUUGUCGAAAACUUGUCGACGCGUGUCAGCUGGCAGGAUUUGAAAGACUACAUGCGUCAAGCUGGAGAAGUUACUUACGCUGAUGCCCAUAAGCAACGCAAGAACGAGGGAGUUGUCGAAUUUGCGUCGCACUCCGACAUGAAAAAUGCCAUCGAGAAGUUGGAUGAUACCGAGUUGAAUGGGCGUCGUAUUAAACUCGUUGAGGAUCGUCGUUCGGGACGGAAUGGACGUGGGCGUAGUCGUUCGUCGUCGCGUUCACGCAGCAGGAGUCGUUCUCGCAGUCGUUCACGCUCUCGUCGUUCAUCGCGCUCCCGUUCAAAGAGUCGCAGCCGCAGCAAGUCUCGCGACGGAACUGACAAGGAAAAAUCCCGUUCACGCAGCAAAUCCAAGAGUCGCGACGUCUCCAAGUCGAAAUCUCGUUCUCGUGAUCGCGAUGAACGUAGUCGCAGUCACAGCGAGAAACGUGAUUCGCGUUCGAGAAGUCGUUCGGGAUCGCGUCGCGAUUCUCGCUCAAAAUCCCGUUCACAAAGCAAGGAACAUUCGCGCGACCGAAGCCGAUCUGAGGAAAAGGACGAAAAGAAAUCACGUUCGGGAUCUCCGCAAAAUGGUGACGCCUCUCCGGGACACAACGAGAGUAUGGAUGAUUAGAUUGUUGCUUCUUCAAUGAAUGAUAACCAAAAAAAAAAACUAAAAAAAAAAUUAUUAACGAUGAUGCCCACAUUUAAUAAACACAAAAAAAAACAAAAA